GGUACAGCACUUGCCCCUAGAGAACGCUGCAGGACGACCGGCCGGUCGCGAAAACGACGGCCUACUAGCGCCAUUACGCCCUCCGGCGAUGGCUCACGGCUCCUGCAAGACUAGCCCGAUGGCGCCGCAGAUUUGCACCGCCCCCCGUCCCGCGAGAAGGAUCGCGACCCCGUUUUUCUUCUGCGGGGACGGACGGGGGAAUCCAACCCAACAGGGACGUACACUGAUAUACUACCACACCACGCCGAGACCGGCCGGUGGCUACGGCAGGGCGCCGCGCCCACCGGCCCCGCCCGAACGUUCCGGCGCCGCCGCGUGUGGAGAAACCGCGCCCUCCGCGCGGUGAGAACGCGCGCGACGCGACCACGCGGCGCCCCCGCCCCACGCACGGCCAGCAGGUGCCCCGUCCGGGCGCGGGCGCGCGAGGAGGACGGCGAGCGCCGAGCGGGGAACGCGCGGCCCCAGUGCGGGGGCGCUGCACGUCCGAGCCCGCGAGUCUCGCGUGCGCCCCCCGCCGCGCCCACGCGUCCCGCUGCACGGCCGCGGGGCCGCACCGUCGCCCCGGCGCGCCCCCACACCGGCCACCGGCCGGUUCCCGUCGACGCCACGGCAGGUCGGCACGCGGUCAAUUGCGCACCAGAGAGAAAUAUCACACUGCGCCCGGGCCCAGGGCCAGGAGCAGCAGCAGCAGUAAAUGAGGCGACGCGAUGGACAAGAGCCGCAGAGGGCUGCCUGCCUUUGACCGGGGUCAAUUACAGUGCCCCCGCGUGCGUUUAUAUGCAAGCCCGCGCGGCUAAAGCGUCUCGUCUCAUUUCCAUAGGCCAGAGUUUUACUUCACUUGCUCCAAGUAGAAGAGGGAACAGGGUCGCGACUCGCAGGUGGGGCGGCAUGGCGACCACGACGAUAGAGGACCUGCUGCACGCCGACGUGCUGGGCUGCGCGCUGCGGCGCCUGGACGGGCGGUCGCUGGCCGCCGCCAGCUGCGCCACGGCGGGGCUCCGCGCGUUAGCCGCGGACCCGGAGACGUGGCGCGCGCUCUGCCUCGCCGAGUGGCCGUCGCUCGCGCUGCCGGGCGCCCGCCGCCUCCUGGCCGCGAUCCCGCCGCGCCGCCUCUUCGCCGACGCCUUCCCGUUCCCUUCCGCGGUCGGCGCCAGCGGAGGCGAUGGCGAGCUCGGGCUCCCCAGGGAGCUGGUCUCCGCGGUGGACGUCUACUGCGGGGGCGCGCCGCUGCUGUCGCGCGUGGUGGAGACGCCCGCGUCGUCGCCGUGGUUCCUCGGCUCGCCUUUCCGCGUCGAGGCCGUCGAGCGCAAGAGGCCGCCGGCGACAGAGGCCGCGGCGGGGGCGGCGCCCGCGGAGCUGGAGCUGAGCUGGGUGGUCGCGGACCCGGCCCGGGGCCGCGCCGUGAACGUCUCCAGCCGGCGCCCGGUGUCCGUGGACCGGCACUGGUACACGGGCGAGACGCUGGUGCGCUUCGCGGUCGCGCUGGGCGGGUGCAAGUUCGAGGCCAUCGUGGCCUGCGCCGAGGGGUCCGGGCACGUCACCGAGGUCGCCCUCGCCGUCGAGGACGCUGACGGCGCCGCGGUCAGCGGCGAGGGCACGCUGCGGCUCCUCGCCGCGGCGAUGGAGGCGCCCAGGAGGGGCGGGGAGUGGGAGCCGGAGGAGGCCAAGAGGCGGUACCUCGAGUUCGUGAGGCGCAAGAAGGGGAGGAAGGAGAGCAAGGCGCGGCGCGAGGCGCUCGUGGACCUGUGCUGCUCCGCCGCCAGCGCCGCCGUCGUGCUCACCUGCCUCGCCGCGGUCGCGCUCCGGUGACCGGCGCCUGCCGGCCGGCCGGCCGGACGGACAAGAGUGCACGUCCGGUUCUUCUUCUGACGCCGACGAACUGGCGCAAUAAAAUGUAGUACUACUCUGAUCAACCGUCUGGUGCACUAGA